GAGAAGAAGAAGGAAAAAAAAAAAAAAAAAAAAAAAAAAGGUUGUUGGGCUGUCUUGAGUUCCUGUCGACGACUUUCUCUGAGUGGGAGCAGCCGCUAAAACCACAAAGAUUAAUACACACCGAGUGGAAAGCAACUGAAACAGUCUGCUAUCCACAUUUCCCACCAGCCGAGGUUAACUUUGAACAAAAACAGCAGUCCCAACUCUGUGAAAUCGACGCUGAAAUGGACCCCGCCAGUCAAGAUAUUAACCUGAACUCUCCUAACAAAGGCCUUGUGGUGGAUAAUUCAGACAGCUUGUCCGAUGUGCCGGUGGAGGGGGCGGUGGGCAAUGCAGCCAACCCUCUCCCACCGGGCCUGACUGAGGAAGAGGCUGAGGAGCUCCGCACAGAGCUCACCAAGGUGGAGGAGGAGAUCAACACCCUGCGUCAGGUUCUGUCAGCCAAAGAAAGACACGCCACAGAGCUGAAGAGGAAACUUGGCCUCAGCCCGCUCAACGAACUCAAGCAGAACCUCAGCAAGAGCUGGCAAGAUGUACAGACCUCCAACGCCUAUUUGAGAACCACUGAGAAACUGGGCGAGUGGAAUGAGAGAGUUACCAGCUCGGAUCUAUACAAGAAGACUCAGGAGACUCUUUCCCAGGCGGGACAGAAGACUAGUGCAGCUCUCACCACAGUGGGCACGGUCAUCAGCAAGAGACUGGGCGACAUGAGAGCUCUACCUUUCUCUAAUUCCUUUAGUAGCAACUAUUCCAUUCGCCACUCGAUAAGUAUGCCCGCCAUGAGGAACUCUGCAACCUUCAAGUCCUUUGAGGAUAAAGUUGGGAACCUGAAGGUAGGCCUGUAGGGCUGCUGCCGUAGGCCUUGAUGUGACACUUUCUGCCUCCAUGUCAUAUACAAGGUUGUGGGCCCCAAAGGAAAUGGAGAGGCUGUCACCUCCCCCACUGACACCACCCCCACUCAGGAGAACCCGCCUUUCUGAACGCAUCCCCCCCUCUGCCUCUUCCUCCUCCUCGCCGCCACCUUCCUCACGACCUGAGACUGUACUGUUAUUGCCUCACAUCGCAGAGUCAGCCCUCCCCCUCACCCACUCACCACCACUCCGAUGCCCCGAGGUCUGUAGACGCAGGCGGACGGGGGUGAAGGACUCAUGGGUUUGGGAUGGGAUGAGCGCUUCCAUCACUACUGGUCCCACGGCCUCCAGUCCUCUGCCUUGCUGUCCAGGAAAAAGGAAAAAUGUCUAAACCUGAGUCAUUUCCAGACCUCGUUACCUUUGUUAGCCUCUGCUUCCUUCCCAUCAGAGCUCUUUGAUAGUCCAUAUGAGUCAACUGUUGUCUCCUGCACUCUUCACAAGCCUUUUUUUAAGCAGGGAGUAACUCACCUGGCUAAAGAUAAGGCUAAAAGGCAUUAUUAAGAAGUCAGGCUCUUAAACUCAAUGAGAAGUUUCACAUUUAAUUCUGGGAUUGGGUGGUUGUUAAGAUAACGCUGCAGUUACUCUGCAGGUGCAUUUUAUGGGCCCCAACCGGAUCUCUGCAGACUGAGGGCGGGGGAACAUUUCACAGGUGGUCUAUACUACUAGUUCUGCCUUCUUGUUUUCUGACUACUGUAGUGUACUUAAAUCAUGCAUUCACACUGUGACCACAUACUAUUGUCACCACACUACCCCCAGUUUUCUCUAAAACUUGUACAGUUAUCUUCACAGCUCAGUGAAUGCCCGCCGUGUGAACGCAGGCUACACCUGCAGGUUAGUGGUUUGACUGGGGGGGGGCGUCCAGCACAUCUCACCCCUCUUAGACCUUCUACUGCUACAUGCAUGUGCAUAUUUCAUCUCAGUUGUACCAUAAUGACCAUGCAAAGAAGACCGAGGUCUCGCGUAACACACUAAAAACAGCCCCAGGAUGUAAAAAUGGAAAAAACAAUCCUCAAACCAUUUUGUAUUACAAACUAUUUUACACUGCUUUGCAUAAUGUUUUUACAUAACUUUUAUCAAUAUGUAUAAAUAUAUAUGAAAUAUAAUAAAUAUGGUUAAUUAUGCUGCCAAAUGGUAGUAAUCAGGUGUGGUGGUAAAAGGGGGGGCGAGGCUAAACAAACUUCAGUGGGUCAGUUUCACAGACAUGACUUCUUGUCAGUUUAAAGUACAUGUGUGCUCUGAAAUCUGAUAACAUGUCUGCGAAGCUGACUCGUUAAGGAGCUGCAGUCGUUUCGGACAAGAAGGGAUAUUAAUCAAACUGGUUUCUUUUGACAAACUGGACCUGGGUGUGCUGCCGCAGCAUCUUUAAUCUGCCAUUGGCAAGUCAGACUAGAAACCUGUCAAGGGUUGAAUAGAUGUUGAAACCACUUUGCCCGUUUCUUUUUUCCCCUAGUCCAACUGGUGUUCCUUCCUUCCUACACACAGAACUCAGUUGGAGACGAUGCGUUGCUUUGUGCACUACCCGGUGAAUGUGGACGCUUCUCUAUCGGCCUUAAUCUCUUCAUUACAUGGUUCACCUAUUAGAGCUGGUAGAAAAGCAACGGUUGUUGGUUUGUUUUUCCUUUUAUGUUCCAUUUCCUUUAAAGGCUCUCUAAGCGAUUUCACACAAUUUUUUAGGCUCCCUGGUAGCUAGCAGAUAGUGAGGAGAUGUUUGCUGUGACACAAAUAUUGUAGCUUAAAAAAACACGUGACAUCGCUUAGAGAACCUUUAUGUUGUAUAGACUUCAGGUUUUGUUGAAGAGGAGAUAGCAUUGAAAUAUUCAGAUUGUGAUUGUCCGACACGCCACAAAAUGUGUCAUGGAAAACUUGUUGCCAUAAAAAAAACUUUACCCACAACCCCUUACUGCACACACACACAUGCUACUAAAUGUGCUGAUAGCACACACGCGCUGCAUGAGGCCAAACUAACACUUUUUGUACCAAAUCACUGUAGCUCUUAUUGUUGUGAGCUAUAUAUAUAAUUAUAUGAAAUUGUGACCGUCACGUUUCUACUAAAAAACGAAGGUCGAAAUGUUUUUCUUUCUUCUUAUUAAAGUUGCUGAUACAAGGCUAACAUUGCUUCUGGUGGUUUGACAAAAGGUAACACUACAGUAAGCAAAUUUUCCCAGAAAAAAUACAGGGCAACUCUUUGACAAAUUGCCAAAAAGCGUUGGUCAGUCUCAAACUAUUGGUAGACUUUCUCAAGGCACUGAAGGUUUUUUUUUUUUUUACCUAUUGCAGCUACAAAAUGUUGCUCUUGUAUCCUGGCUCAGCUUCAGUGCAAUGUCUCAAAAUGUCCAAAUGUUUAUUAUAAACUGAAAAUAUGAGUUCUUAUAUACAUUAAAUGUUUUCAACAGUGUAAGCCAAAACCUCCCAACCAACAACAAAGAGCGGUCAGUGGCGGAGCUGGGCUUCAAAGAACAAACAUGAAAUGACAAUAACAGCGCUUCACAACAAACACAAAACAUCCCGGCUUCAAAACUGCACAAGUGUAUUUUUUGUUUUUCGUGUUAUUGUGUUGUACAUUUUGGUAGUUAAUAUAUUCCCGUUAGUGAACUUGUGUUUUCUUUUGGCUUUUCCUUCUGUAAGGAAAUUUGGACUUUUAGAGAGGAUUUAUUUGUACAAAUAAUUUGUCAUCAGUUUAAAAAUAAGUUGCCAAUGUUUAAAUAUCUGUUACAAAAUUCUCUCUUUCUGCCUCUGAAUUUCAAAGUCUCUGGCUUUCUGCUUCUCCAAGACGCGUACUACAAGAAAUAUUCUGAAAUCAUUUACUUAAGAAUCCUAAAAUCCUAUUUUUCUUACACAAAGUGGAUACAUUCCCUCAUACUUAAGUGCUUUUUGUAGGGCAAUUAUAUCUCACUCUGUACGAGAAAAAUACGAUUUUAAAUACUGAAUUGAAUGACUUAUUUUAAGAUGGAUUUCUUUUUUCUUUUUCUUUUUUUGCAGUGUAGCGGUCGGCUGUUUAAAGCUGCGAUCGGUUUUGGGGGACUGAUGGAUAGAUAUUGGAUAGAUGUUAUAAGGAACUUUUGUUUUGGGUGCCAGCUGCUGCACAGGAGAGUAGAGCACUUCAAGCUUUAUUUAGGCCCUGGGCCUAGCUGAUAUAGUGUAUCAAAAGGGAUCAGAUUUGGAAGACUAUGGUGAAUUAAU